AUGAGGAAGAGGGCCAGAGAAGAAACUAUGUCGAUGCGUACCCUGUACAACGGUGAGGUAGCUACAGAAGACCAGCCACAGCUGCUGCCAUCGUUCCCAUCCAUGAGCAGUGCCUUGUACCGGCACAGGCGGAAGAAAAACCCAGCACUCCCACAGACAAGAGCUGAAGUCCAAUUUGAAGGAAACUGGACUGAAACAACAGACAGCCGCCCAUUCCUGCUUUUCACUGAUUGCGAUGCCAACAAGAUUGUUGUAUUUUCUACCCAUGGCCAACUCCAAGCUUUGCAGUCUGCAGACACUGUAUACAUGGACGGAACAUUUACAUCUUGCCCAGAUCUGUGGAACCAGGUAUACAUCAUACAUGCAAGAAGUCGUUCCUGUAUGUGCCCACUUGUCUUCGCCCUCCUGCCUGACAGACAGACCACAACUUACACCAGACUGUUCAGCCGACUCAAAACAGAAGUCCAACAGAGAUUCAACCGUCCCCUCGCUCCUGCCACUGUCCAGACGGAUUUUGAGAAGGCUGCCAUUCGUGCCGUCAACACAGAGUUCCCGAAUGCCGACGUCAAAGGUUGUUUUUUUUCAUUAUUGUCAGGCGAUCUGGCGGAAGACACAGGAUCUUGGAUUAGCAGUACAGUACAAGGAAGAUCCUGGAUCAGAAGAGCUGCUGGAUUUGCCCUCCUGCCCUUGCGUGAUGUCCAGGACACCUGGUUGGAUGCUAAGCAGGCAACUCCACCAGUUCCGAGAACUGAAGACUUCAAUGACUAUAUGGUCAUCAAUUGA